CCCACAUAAGUGUUUUUUGAGAAGAGAGCAGUGCUUUAACGUUAUAAAAGCCAACUGUAUUGUAUAUACUGCUAUUUUUUCACCAACACUAUUUACAUUCGUCGCGCCUGCUCACAUACAUAUGUACGUAUGUGUGCUGAGUAUGUCAUUCUUACCCAUUCUUCACGCUAAUACAAUUUGUUUGCCAGCUGACUUACUACUUUUGCUCAGCUUGUGGAGCGUGUCAGGGGUUUUCAACGUUCGGCGAGCGGCGGCAGCGAACUCAGUUUGUUUGUGCGGACACAUUUCGGCAAACGGACUGCUUUCGUAUAGAAAACGUCUUCGUUCGCACAUCAGUUGUUCGUCACAUGUUCGACGUGAGUGAAUAUCAACCCGCAUACGUCGUCUGAUACGUAACGAGUCAAAAAAAAAAGAUUGUAUAUUCCAAAUUAGCUAAUCAAAAAAAACGAAAUAUUUUUGUGUAAUUCUUGUCUUUUCGUGUGAGUGCAGCCGCAUUUUCACUGUGCCAGUUAAGCGUUUCUUUCGUGCUUUUUCGCUACAUGCAUUUUGUAUAAAACCUCAAUUCUCGAAAAGUCAAUGAAAAUUGCAAAGUGGUGCAAAUUUAAGCGCUGGUGAAAAGUGUAAAUGCGAAAGGGCAGCGCUCAAACUCACUGCGUGAAGUGAAUGGUGUAUACUUUGUUUAUAUGCUACAUGCAUACUUAUAUACAUAUGUACAUGUGUAUGUGAAAUAUUCUUAAAGUGUGUUUGCGUGUUUUUUGAGUGAAUUAGAAAAUUCGAAAAGUAAAAUUGUCCACAUCAAAACCGUUCAGUGUGUAUAAAUAAUAUUUGCGACCACGUUGUAUUGUAGUUUUAAUAGAAAAGCGAAGAAAAAAAAACAAUAACAAAAAACGUGCGCGCGUGCUACAACAACAACAAACAAGCUUAUAAGCAUACGUAGAAAAAAAAAACGUGAAAAACUACCAACAAACGCUCGAAGUUCAGUUCGGGCGCGCAAAACAUAACAACAGUAAUUCGUGUCGCUGACGAAGAACACACUGUGCUUGAGCGCGUGUUGUUGCAGCAGCGAAUUAACCUUCAAGGAAAAAGCAAAAUUAACGUCUCAAGCGACAAAGUAGUGCUAGAAACAACAAAAUAGAGCAAACACUCAAAACUGAAAGUUUGUAGAAGAAAUUAGUAGCAAAACAACAACAAGUGUGUGUGCUGAAAAAUAUGCAUAAUCCCCAAGAAAGGUAAUGCAAAAACGCCAAAUCCGCUAAAGUGCUGCCAUACUAAAAAAACAACAACAAGAGUGAAAAAAAAAUUAAAAGGCCCGCCUGUGUAGAAUUUACCUUACCUCAAUUAUUUGUUUAAGUGUAUGUGUGGAGAGAUUCGAGAUCGAGCGAAAAAGAGAGGGAGAGAGAGACCAACGAUCGCGUGAGCAUUUGAAAGUGUAGAGAACAACAAAAGAUCAGACGGUAAAGGUGAAAGCGGCAAGUGAAAUUAAAAAAAUAAAACAACAAAUACAAAAUAAAAAAGAAGAUAAAUACUUUUAUAUUAAAAGCAAAAAAAAAAGAACGAAUUAGCUUUCGUUGUGUGGUGAGCGGCAAAUUGCGCAGUCCGUACACUAACGGACUUACACAUAACGAAAAUUUGUUGAUUACUAAAAGCGGCGACACAAAGCACUUAACCACAGCUAACUAUUUCACCAGUAACAACAACCAUAGCAGCGCCAACAAUAACAACAUACAGUGUGACGUGUAUAGUGAAAAUAGAAACUGAGAGAGUAGAGCGGAUGAGUGGCGGAAAAAGCCGGCUGCGGCGGGAGUUUUCAAGUUUUUGAAGAUCACAGUUGCAAAAUAGACGGUGUAAAGGUUGAACGCGCGUUAAAUUUGGUGACGAAAAGUUUUUUGAAGUGUAAAGUGCACUAGUCGAAAAUUCGAAAUACAUUCGAACAACAGCAAAUCUGCGUUGUUUAUGUGCAAUAUAUAGCAAAGUUUUUAGAAAAAUACAACAACAAUAACGAGUAAAGCACAAUAACUUUGCAAUUGGUUUGUGUCGGUAUCGCCUGUGUGUGUGUGUGACCCGGUGUCUGUAGGUUUGUGCGCGCUUAAGUGCAUGACUGCGUUUGGAAGACGUUUACGAAAAAACAAAUCAUGGUAGAUACCAACAACAAAGCAACGUUGGCGACAACAACUACAGCAACGACAAAGGCAAUCACAAGCGCAACAACAGCGAAUACAAAGCAGCAACGUCAAACGGUUGGUACAGGUACCGCGGCGUCGUUGAGUCCCAUAGGUAGUGCACAGCAGAAACAGCAAAAACAACAACCGCAACAACAAAAACAGGAAAAGUUCGAACAACAGCAAAAUAUUGUCACAAAGAAGAGCAACAAAAACAAAAAUCAGAAAAAGUGUGACAACAAAAGCAAUGAAAAACUGAGCAAUGAUAGAAUUGAUGACAACUGCAAUAACAACAACAACAUUAAAGCGGAGCGCAACAUUAACGGUGAUGUUGGCGCAAAAGAAGAUAACAACAACACAUUAACAAUAAAAACAAUUAAGACUGUGUCCACAACAACACCAACAACAUCAAUCACAACAAGUGCACCAAUCAUUUCCGCUACAGAUGCUGACAGCAAGCAGCCGCUAGAGGUCGGCAGAUGCAACAGCGCUGAUGAUAAAGAAAAUGUAAACGACAAUGAAUGUGCAAAUGCUGCGACAGAACGUCAGUUGCCAAGCAAAGUGACAACAAAUGGCAAGAACAACAACAACAAUAGCGGCAGCAAUCGUUACAAUAACAACAAAAAUACAAAAACACGCAAUGCCAAGCAAAAGCCACAAGCAACCGACAAACAAGCUGUUUGCCAAAAUAGUCGCAACAACAGCAACAACAACAACGGCGGCAACAGCAAAAACAACAAAAGUCAAAAUGGCAAAGAUUUUACGAAUAGCAAAAACAACAAAAAGACUAAUUGGAAGCGUGUUGAGAAGCGUAAUAGCAUCAUUUUCAGCACCAAUCAUCACUACAGCAACUACAAUAGCAAUGAUAACAGCAAAAACAACACAAUUAAAAACAACAAAUAUCACACACCGAAUUCCAAUACGCCUAGCAUUAUGACCGAUGACGAUGAUGAUUAUCGCGACAUAACCGAUACCGAGUCGGUGCGUUCCAACGAUUGGCCACGCAAAUACUCACGUCCACAACAACAACAAAAACAGCAGCAACAGCAAAGUGCUAAAAAACCGAGUGCUAGUGAUUUAUUGACAGCCGCCCUAAUGGUACCCUGUGAGAAGUGCAACAAAGUGAAAGUACAAGUGCAACAACAACAAGGCUCCAAUUCGAAUAUGUCCUCAUAUUCAACGAGUUUGCGUCAAUAUCGUAAAUCCAAAUCGUAUAUGGGUGAAUGUACCGAAGAUACAGGUGGUAGUGGACGUAAUUCUGUAGCUUCUGUUGAAAAUUGGCGUAAUCCUAGCGGUAAUAGUGGUAAAGCUAAUCGCUAUCAGCGUUCGUUGAGCGAUCGUCGCUCUUCGUUUGAUCGCAUGUUUGCCGAACGCAAUAAGGAUUUCGUGCCAAUUGUCCAGCCAAUCCGUCCAAUGCUUGCUUCGUCGAAUAUUGAAUGUGUUCUGACAGAUACUGAAAAAAUAGUGCUCAUCGAACGACUGGGGAAAGGACGUCAGACGUAUCCGUUAAUGCAGGUAAUUAAGCUUUUCGAAGUGUCUCAAUCGCACUGUCAGGUAAACUAUGUUAGUAUUUAUUCAUUAGUAUUGGUAAUGAAUAAUCAAUUCGUUCAUUUUUUUGAUGUCAAUAUGCAG